AUGGACCCUCUCACGGCGCUGCGCAAGCAGACGGAAGCCAAGCAAGCCGAGCGUGCCGAGGUUGUGCCUGUGGCGACAGCGGUGCCGCUGCCUGCAGGCUAUGCCAGCGCUCCCGCCGCUGUUGCGGUGGCCACCACCGUGACGGCCCCGGAAAAAGCUGCGCCCAGCGCCAGCGCCGUGCCGGCUGCGCCCGCGGAGGCGGUGCCGCCGCCGGCCCUCGCUUCCUUCCUGGCCCCCGCGGCCACGGUGGCCACGAGCUCCUCGCCGGGCUCCGGCGCGUCGCCUCCGAGGCCCACUUUCGAGGGCACGCUGGCGGGGGAGCACGUGGUGGAGCAGGUGAAAUCCUGCAGUUUGCUGGUGCAGAACCCCUUCUGCGAAGUCGCCGGCCGCCUCCAAAUGACGCCCUACCGCCUGAAGUUCAUGAUCCCUAAGGGAAGCCUCAGGAAGGAGCUCCAGUGGAUGCGAGAGGCGAAGUACUUCGACGUGCCCUUCGGAGCCGUGGAGAGCGCCAAGGAGGAAACCUCCACGUCCACGGCUGGGCAGACGGUGUACAAGCUGACCAUCACAACAAAGGACCUCCGCGUCCUCUGCUUCUUCAUGCCGACGGAUGCUGAGAUGCGCCUGGUCUCUGAAGCCGUGGCGGCCUUCGGCUGCCCCGGCAAUCCGGCCAUGCUCUUCGCCACGAAGCACUUCGAAGCCUUAAAGAAGGAGGGGGCGCUGGAGGUGCCCGACAGCGGAUGGUGUUUUUACGACCCCAUCCAGGAUUCCGCUCGCAUGGGCAUCGACACCGAGCUCAUUCCGAACCCGCAGUGCCCCUGGCGCGUCUCGGAGCUGAACCGCCACUACCGGCUCUGUAGCUCCUAUCCGUCAGUGCUGGUCCUGCCGCGGCGCAUGCCUGAUCAGGCGCUGCGGGAGGUUGCGGCCUUCCGGAAGCGCGGGAGGCUCCCGGCGCUGAGCUGGUGCGGUGGCCCCGAGUUGGGCUUCGCGUCCCUCUGGCGCUGCUCGCAGACCACGGAAGGCCUCAUGGGCCAGAAGUGCAUCGAGGACCAGGCGAUGCUAAACGCCAUCCGCCUGGGCGCCGGCUCGAAGGAUCGGGACCUGCUGCUGAUCGAUUUGAGACCGCGCAUGAAUGCCUGGGUGAACAAGGCGGGCGGCGGGGGCUUCGAGGCGUAUCCCAACUGCCGGGUGAUCUUCGGAGGCAUCGAGAACAUCCACGCCGUGCGAGAUGCCUGGCGUGCUAUGGGAGCCGCCGUGCGGAACAUCGUGGAGGGCCAAGUCGGCUCGUGGUUCAAGGACGUGGCCAACUCGGGUUGGUACGACUACAUCGGCGCGAUUCUAGGCUCGACGCUGAAGGUGGUCGAAGAGAUAUUGAACAACCAGGCCAACGUCGUCAUCCACUGCUCCGACGGCUGGGAUCGCACAGCACAG